AUGCUCCACUAUCGCACACAAGGGUACAACGGUUGCGCCGUCAAGUACUCCCCUUUCUUCGACAAUAGGCUUGCUGUCGCAAGCUCAUCAAACUUCGGACUCGUUGGAAAUGGACGUCUUCAUAUUUUGGAACUGACUGCGAACGGAAUACAACCUCUAAAGUGGUUCACAACACAAGACUCCCUCUACGACCUUGCAUGGUCUGAACUCCACGAGAACCAAGUCCUCGCCGCAUCAGGCGACGGUAGCAUAAAGCUCUUCGACUGCACAGCGAACGACUUCCCCAUCCAAAACUGGAAAGAGCAUGCGCGCGAGGUCUUCAGCGUAAACUGGAACCCCGUAGCAAAAGAUCGCUUCUGCUCAAGUAGUUGGGAUGGCACAGUCCGCAUCUGGUCCCCUCAUCGUCCCCAAUCCCUCCUCACCCUCCCCACCCACAGCUGCACCUACUCUGCCUCCUUCUGUCCGCACAAUCCAGACCUCAUUUCAUGCGUGACAUCAGACUCGUACGUGCGCGUCUUUGAUCUUCGCACUCCUGCCUCCGCUUCAAACCAUCUCGUCACUCAAAUUCCUAUUCAUGCUGCUCCUGUUGCGCCUGCGAUCCCAGGACAGCCUGGUGGUCCGGCCCCGCCUGCGGAGGCCCUGACUCAUGACUGGAAUAAGUACCGGCCUACUGUUCUUGCGACCGCGGGCGUUGAUCGCGCGAUUCGCACUUUUGAUAUCCGCGCGCCACAACAAGGCCCGUUGGCCACAAUGCUCGGGCAUGAAUACGCCGUUCGGAAACUGGCGUGGUCGCCUCAUCUCUCUAAUGUUCUCCUGAGUGCCAGUUACGAUAUGACAUGUCGCGUGUGGAAUGAUCGCUCAGACGUGAGCCCCGGAGGCGAUAUGGAUGUGAUGCGUGGUGGUCCCGCGGGCCCCGUGGUUGGUGCGGAGCUGGGGCGCAUGGGGAGACACACCGAGUUUGUCACCGGAGUUGACUGGUGCCUAUUUGGAAAUGAAGGCUGGUGUGCUAGUGUUGGGUGGGAUGAGAGUGUAUAUGUUUGGGAUGUACGAGCCGCGAUGGCAUAG